GUCUUACCAGGAUUGAAACAUGGCGGCGCCGGCUAAGAAAGUUUUCGAGGUCUUCGUGUCUAAAAUACCAUGGACAUUAGCCAGCAAGGAGAUGAAGGAGUAUUUCGGACAGUUUGGACAAGUGAAGAAGUGUCUUCUACCAUUUGAUAAAGAAACAGGUUUCCAUAGAGGCUUCUGCUGGAUUGGAUUCUCAACAGAGGAAGGGCUGACUAAUGCACUGCAGAAAGAACCACACACGCUGGAGGGAGCCAAGCUCCAGGUGCAGAGGAACAGACGGCCGUUCUCUGGACAGAAGUCAAACAAAGAGAGCGAGUUAGACUGAAGAUCUGUGACUGUGAAAAUCAAACAUGCUCAGGUUCAGAUUCACUUUGGUUUUUUUCUCGCUGCCAUAUUUGUUUUACAUUUUUUUGCAUUUGGGGCAUAAUGAAGACUUAAAGAAGUACGCUGGGGUUGGUUUUAUAUUUCCACUCUAAUGUCUGUGUUCUUUCUUUGUACACCUUUUUUAAUCAAUUUGAUCCUGAGCAUCACUGUCAUUCCUCUAAUGAUGAUUGUGUUUAUUUAUUGUCUGUGAUACUGUUCAACCUGGUAUCCCUCCAAAGCAUGACGUUUAUCUGAACUGUCACUUCUCUGGGUCAUAAUUACUACUUAACAUAGAUGCAGUUUUUGGUAUGGAGUGUACGAGGAAAAAUGACCCUGACACAGUGAAGCAGUGAGUGUAUUACAUGUUUUGGUAUAGUCCCUGUAACUUCCCUGUCAGACACCAUCAUCGCUACAUAAACUGUCAAUGCAAACUUGUAUUUACUUCAAGUUUAUGAAGCAUGAUUUACAUGUGUAGUGUAUGGCAAUAAAAACAUUGUUUAAUCCAA